UUUUUCGCUUUUGAUUUGCAUUAAUUGUUAAUAUUUUGGAGAGAUCGUUUUAAUCUCUUUCGAUUAAUAUCUCACGAAGCCAAACAAGUGCAAUAAUCUCUUAAAUCAUCCUGCAAAAUCGAUUGUAUAUAAACUGAGACAAAGAUAGGUUCUUCCUUUCUCUCUACAGUCUUUUUUCUGGCAGCGCAGGUUCUUGUCUGCUAGUUACAAGGUGAGGAUAAGAGAACCUCUUUGGAUUAUAAGGGCAUUGGAUUUUUUUUUGCAGAUUUCUCUAUCAUGUUGAGCUUUGGCAACUCUGUCUCUGGGGCAUUGGGCGAUCCCUAUCGGCGUAAUGCCAGCAUUGUGGAUUCGGUCCCCGACAACAUGCUGUACAUGAUAGAUGAACACUGGUAUAAUUUUCCGCCCAUCAAUCCCCUGUGGCAUAGUUUGUUGGGUAUUGCCAUGGUGGUGCUUGGCAUUAUUUCCAUUGCGGGGAACGGAGUGGUGAUCUAUCUGAUGGUGAGUACCAAGACGUUGCGAACACCUACCAAUUUGCUGAUAGUCAACUUAGCCUUCUCCGAUUUCUGCAUGAUGGCGUUCAUGAUGCCAACCAUGGCAGCCAACUGCUUUGCUGAAACUUGGAUUCUUGGUCCUUUCAUGUGCGAAGUGUACGGAAUGGUCGGUUCUCUCUUUGGAUGUGGGUCGAUCUGGACCAUGGUCAUGAUAUCUCUGGACAGGUAUAAUGUUAUUGUAAGAGGAAUGGCUGCUGGUCCACUGACUACAAAAAAGGCAGUCUUAAUGAUAAUGUUUGUGUGGACUUGGACUGUUACUUGGACCUUGCUACCUUUCUUUGGAUGGAAUAGGUAUGUCCCAGAGGGAAAUAUGACAAGUUGUACUUUAGACUAUCUAAAUAGAAAAUGGCAUUCUGCUUCUUAUGUUGUUAUUUAUGGUUGUGCAGUGUACUUUAUGCCACUGGUGUCUAUGAUAUACUGUUAUUUCUUCAUUGUCAGAGCCGUUUCAAAACAUGAGAAAACACUGCGAGAACAGGCAAAAAAAAUGAAGGUUGCUUCUCUGCGUGCCAAUGUGGAUCAACAAAAACAGAGUGCAGAGAUUAGACUGGCUAAGAUUGCAAUGAUGACUGUUGGAUUAUGGUUCAUGGCAUGGACACCUUAUCUAUCUAUUGCUUGGUCUGGAAUCUUCAGCAAUAGAGUGCAUCUGACACCUCUAGCAACUAUUUGGGGAUCUGUGUUUGCUAAAGCUAAUGCUUGUUACAAUCCAAUCGUAUAUGGAAUCAGUCAUCCUAAAUACAGGGCAGCUCUUUAUCAGAAAUUUCCAUCACUUUCUUGUGCCACUGUAACAGACAGUAGUGAUGUCAAAUCAGAGAUAUCUGCUAUGACAGCAAUUGAUGAAAAACCAAAAGUUUAACUUUGUUUAAUUUUCAAAGUAAAACUGUAUUUCUUAAAAUCAUAUUUGUAGACUAGUUUUAAACUCAAAAUUAAAUUUUGGCAUAGAUUCAAUAUUAAAUACUUUGAAUUAAAU